AUGUUGGCCAAGCUCUAUGACAUCUUGCAUGAGCCGUUGGCCAUGACCUUGUGUCUGGCCGGGAUCCUGGGCCAUUCCUUUUCGAUCAAUGUCCUCUCCAAGAUGCCCAACCCCACCAAUUUGUUGUUGAUCAGUAUGUCUUGGUAAGAAAAUCUUGUUCUUUGAAAUCUAAAUUAAUUUUAAUCAAAGAAUUGCAGAAACAAUUUCCAAUUUUUUUAAAUCUUCUAUUUUUAUAAACUAAUAAGUAGUUACGAGUACCAGAAAAGUGAUUACAAGUAUUCAAAGAAGGCUCUACUUAUAAUUACACUAAUAUUAGCGGACUCAAGAAUUCUCUCUUUUCAGUAGCCAACUUCUUUUGUGCAUCAACUUUCUAUACAGUACUCUGUACAAAUAUGGCAGUGAUGAGCUUUGUUUGUCAAGUUUAUGGUCGUAUGCUUGGACCGGGACCUUGUUGAUCUCGGUGAACGUCAGCGUCCUUGUCCACAUGACCGGAGUCUUCCACGUGGUCGCUUUAUCCAUCAUCAGAUACAUGUCAUUGAGACAAUUGAGCCAGACAACCUCACAUGUUCAGUGGUUUAAUAUGAAAGUGAGUAUGAUUUAUUACAUUUUUAUUGACCGAAAGAUAUUUUUGGGAUUUUUAAAUUUCAAAAUGGGGCAUUUCACUUCUCCGAAGUCCAUUUAUUUUUAUUUAUUAUGCCCUUUCACAAAAACCUCAGAUGAAUGGCCUCAGGCGAUGUUGUAAAUCAAAUUAUAUGGCUUUCCAUAGGCCUUCUGUUUCAAGACCAAAUGUAGAUUUACUGAUUCUUAAAUCUGGCCACAUAAUUUACGAAUUCUGCAGGAUUGAUCUGCCGUCUUAAAUUUUUCCAAGCUUUUCUACAGUCGGCGCUUCAUGCCGCCACCACUCCUUGGGUAAUAAUAAAAUCUGUCAAGGAUGAGCUCAUGUCCGACCCAUCUGAAUUCUGAAUAUCAGAUACCCUUAUGCUCCUUGUUUUUAACCAAACCGUUAAUCUCUGCGGAUUCUCAGACACGACGCACUUUCAGAAAUGCAUAAACACUCUCAUCAUCAUCUACAUCUCGGUCAUCGUCAUCUGCGGUCCCAUUUAUUUCCAUUCUCAUAUCGCCGAAUCCAAUGAGCCUGAUGAGAACUGUCUCGUAAAGUACCCCUCUCUGGUCAACACCUCCGUCCAUUACCUUGAGUUCUCCUCCAACGAACAACUGCAGCAGCUCAACUUUUGGUUAUUUGGUUUUGUUUGCAAAUUGGUCCCUUGUUCGGUGCUAUCGAUGAUGACAAUUCUGUUAUUGAGGGAGUUGAAGAAGCUCAGAGAAUUGUCAUCGAGAUUUCAGAAUGUGGAAAGGGACCGGCAAUACAGUAGGACCACCAAUAUGAUUAUUGUAAGUUUCAUUUAAAAAAAUUAUUUAACACCAACAGACGGGUCUAGUGCAAUGUAAUUUGCUUCAAAAUAUAGUUACAAUCUCGAAUAUACGAUAACAAAAUAUCGAUUUCAGAUCAUAAUGGUAGUUUUCAUCGUUGUCGAAUUCCCGCAAGGCGUCUUGACGGUAGCCCAAAGCAUCACUCAAAUCCCUUAUCAGGACACUCUGGGAGAUCUCUUUGAAUCUCUGACCCUCCUCACUUCCUGUAUUAUUUUUGGCCUCUUCUUCACAAUGAACUCCAGACUUCGUGACGAAUUCAUGGAGACCGUACAUACGAUAUACAAAAAAUGCGGCAUCAGCAGGUGAGUCUAGAAAUAUAAUCUAUCUGAUACUCCCAUGGUGUAUAAAUUAUCGUGUAAUACUUGUAGUUUCAGUACAAUCAGCUUCAUCAAAAGUCAUUUUGUCCACAAAUCCGUCUUGACUCCGGAAAGCCGAUCUCUGAUGCAAAAUGGAAUCACAAAUCGGACUUAUGGAGAUACUGAUGUAUAA